UUGGUUUGUAAACCUAGGACUAAAGGAGGAAACAGUGAUCUCCCAUCAGCUGGUUUUAAUGUUAUCAACUCUAUCAUAGGAUCGGGAAUAAUAGGAUUGCCUUAUUCAAUGAAGGAAGCUGGUUUUCCAUUAGGAGUAUUGCUUUUAGUUGGUGUUGCCUAUAUCACAGAUUAUUCCAUUAUAUUACUGAUUAAAGGAGGAAACCUCUCUGGUACAAACAGCUACCAAGAACUGGUCAAUAAAUCGUAUGGUUUUAUAGGAUACCUAAUUCUCUCAAUACUACAGUUUUUAUAUCCAUUUAUUGCCAUGAUUAGUUACAACAUAAUAACAGGAGACACUUUGACUAAAGUUUUUCAAACAAUUCCUGGAGUUGGUCCAGAUAACUUACUUACUUACCGCCAAGUCAUUAUUCUAUGUAUUACUAUCAUCUUUACCCUGCCUAUGUCUCUCUAUCGUGACAUAGCAAAACUGGCAAAGGUAUCUUUUAUUUCUCUGAUUUUAACAACUGUAAUCCUGAUCAUCGUGAUGAUAAGGGCAGCUACCCUUAGCCCACUGGUACCCAAAACAGAGAAUGCCUGGAUAUUUGCAAAGUCUAAUGCAAUACAAGCCAUUGGGGUGAUGUCAUUUGCAUUCAUUUGCCAUCAUAACAGCUUUUUAAUCUAUGGCUCUUUGGAAGAACCCACUCUGAGUAACUGGUCUCGCAUCACUCAUGUGUCUGUCUCACUCGCUCUGUUUAUCAGUGUGGUGUUUGCUGUAUGUGGAUAUGUGACAUUUACCGGCUACACAGAAGGAGAUAUAUUUGAAAACUAUUGCAGAGACGAUGCUCUUGCUACAUUUGGAAGGUUUUGCUAUGGAGUCACUAUAAUCCUGACUUUCCCCAUUGAAUGUUUUGUGACUAGAGAAGUAAUUGCCAAUGUGUUUUUCAGUGGGACCCUUACCACCAUUCUCCAUGUUGCUGUGACAGUAAUUGUUGUUGCUGUAGCCACAAGCAUAUCUUUAGUGUAUGAUUGCCUUGGAAUAGUUUUAGAGCUGAACGGGAUUCUCAGUGCUACUCCACUUGUUUUUAUCAUCCCAACAGCAUGUUAUCUGAAGCUGUCUGAAGAGCGCUGGAACCAUUCAGAUAACCUCAUAUCCGGCCUGAUUCUUACUGUUGGUGUGUUAGUGAUGACAGUUGGAUUUGUUAUGACUAUCUUGCAUCCCCAAGAAUGUAGCCAUGGAAAAGAAAUGGUCUACUGCUUCCCUAAUAAUGCCUCUCUUUACAACAGUACACUUCCACCUUUUUAG